AACAACAACAUAGCUGCACAGCUAGCUGCGCCUUGUUAUUGUUUCUAUUGAGCUGAAGCUGUAGCUCGUGAUGCUUUGUGGUGAUAUUUGACUUGAGGAAGCGACGGUGUCUCCAUCCACGUUAAACGUUACCGUUUGUCUGAAAUAAAGGCCGUGUCGGUUAAAGGUGGUGUUCAAGGCCUGUGACAGGAACAGUUAAAGAAAACCAGGUAACUUCUUAGAGAGGAAAGGGUCACCUGACCUAAAGGGUCCAUUAAACAACCGCUUCACCUUCCAUACGAGAGAGUGUGUCCUUAGAAUGAGAGGUUCGUACGGAGACAGAGACCGAGACCGAGGCCGUGACAGAGGCAGCCCUCGCUUCGGGUCCAGCAGAGGCGGCCCAACACCGGGUAAAAAGUUUGGGAACCCCGGGGACCGUUUACGGAAGAAGAGAUGGGACCUGGACGAGCUUCCUAAAUUUGAGAAGAACUUUUACAGUGAACAUGCAGAAGUGCAGCGAAUGAGCCAGUAUGAUGUUGAGGAGUUUUGCAGGAAGAAAGAAAUCACUGUUCGAGGUACAGGCUGCCCAAAGCCUGUCACCAACUUCCAUCAGGCACAGUUUCCCCAAUAUGUAUUGGAUGUACUCAUGCAGCAGAAUUUCAAGGAGCCCACAGCCAUUCAGGCACAAGGCUUCCCUCUGGCCCUCAGCGGGAGAGACAUGGUGGGCAUUGCUCAGACUGGCUCUGGGAAGACCUUAUCGUACCUCCUGCCUGCCAUUGUGCACAUCAAUCAUCAGCCCUACUUGGAGCGUGGAGAUGGGCCCAUUUGCUUGGUCCUGGCCCCCACAAGAGAACUGGCGCAGCAGGUCCAGCAGGUGGCAUUCGAUUAUGGAAAGUCCUCCCGCAUCAAAAGCACUUGUGUGUAUGGGGGUGCUCCCAAGGGACCUCAAAUAAGAGACCUGGAGAGAGGUGUUGAGAUCUGCAUUGCCACACCAGGUCGUCUGAUUGACUUUCUUGAGGCUGGAAAGACAAACCUGCGACACUGCACUUUCUUGGUUCUGGAUGAAGCUGACCGCAUGCUGGAUAUGGGUUUUGAACCACAGAUUCGCAAGAUUGUGGACCAGAUCAGGCCCGACAGACAGACCCUGAUGUGGAGCGCUACGUGGCCUAAAGAUGUCCGCCAGCUGGCAGAGGACUUCCUGAAAGACUAUGUCCAAAUCAAUGUCGGAGCACUGGAGCUCAGCGCCAACCACAACAUCCUUCAGAUAGUUGAUGUCUGUAUCGAGAGUGAGAAGGACAACAAGUUGAUCCAGCUGAUGGAGGAGAUCAUGGCUGAGAAAGAGAACAAGACCAUCAUCUUCGUGGAGACCAAGAAACGAUGUGACGAUCUCACACGCAGGAUGAGACGUGAUGGGUGGCCAGCGAUGUGUAUUCAUGGCGACAAGAGCCAGCCAGAGAGAGACUGGGUGUUAUCUGAGUUCCGUAGCGGCAAAGCUCCUAUCCUCAUUGCUACUGACGUGGCCUCGCGUGGUUUGGAUGUGGAGGAUGUCAAGUUUGUCAUCAACUAUGACUAUCCCAACUCAUCGGAGGAUUACAUCCAUCGCAUUGGCCGCACAGCCCGCAGCACCAACAAAGGCACCGCCUACACCUUCUUCACCCCGGGGAACCUCCGCCAGGCCCGCGAGCUGAUCCGGGUGCUGGAAGAGGCCCGACAGGCCAUCAAUCCCAAACUGCUGCAGCUGGUCGAUACUGGACGUGGAGGAGGUGGCCGUCCUCGUUUUCGCGGUGGCUCCAAUUCAAACAAUCCCAACCUGAUGUACCAGGACGAGUGUGACAGGCGAAUGCGUUCUGUGGGUGGGAGCGGCAGCGCCAAGGAGAGCCGCGGCAGCAACAACAGCAGCAGCAGCAGCAGCAGCAGCAGCUAUGGCCGUGACAGUCGAGAUGGCCACAGAGGAAGCAGCCGUGACGGGGAACGCUCCUCCUCCUCAUCUUCCUCCUCCUACAGAGAUCGCAGCAGCAGGGACGGAGGGCGCAGCUAUAGCUCCAGCACCAACUCAUACCAGAACAACAACAACGGCAGCAGCAGCAGCUCCAGGAGCAGCUCUGGGUCGGGGAGUGUUGGAGUGGGGCAGGCCCCGCCCUCUUCAUCGGGCCCCCAGCCUCUAAUGGCCAAGCAGUUCAACCCUCCCCAGCCCAUGCUUGGGCUGAUGGGGCACUCCCCAUUCCAGUUUGCUCCUCCACUGCCACCCCCUCCGUCAGGCAGAAAGUAAAGUAAUCCGUGAGUCAGUCACACAUACUACACCCAGUCCCAAUCUGUGACCAAAACAUUUGGUUUUGCAGGGGUUUAACCCUCAGCAGUUGACCACUGCAACAUCAACAUUACAAUUAUGAGCUUGUUUGGGUUGCAACACGAGUGCACUGUGCUUUUGAAAUUCUUUAACAUCAAGACAUAAAUUAUUUAGACUAGUUUCCAGUUUGUUUAAGUGGUCAACAAGUUUUUGUUUUAAACUUUUGCUUUUGUGUGAAAUUAAUCAAAAUUCAUUAUUUAGUUUGACAGAAGCUUGUCUGUGUCAAAUAACUAAGUUUGUGUUGUGAACUGAUACAUAGGAUUUGUGGAGUAAUCAGAUUUUCCCCUUUAGGCGUAUGAGGUAGGUACAUUUUUUUGUAUAAAGGCUAGUUUCUGUUUUAGGCUAAAUAUCUUUAUUUUUGUGUUUUGAAAGUUUGUAAGCCGCAAGAUCAGUUUGAAUAGAUUUAACGAUAACCAUGGAGAUCCUCAUUUUGCUUGAGCACCAUUAUGGUUAAAAACAGAAUCCAUGAAGGGAUUUCUCUCUCCUUUUGAUUUUGAUAUUUUCAUAGUAUAAAUAUUAAUUUUGACCCGAUUGAGGGAACUAUGCAGGGACUUUGUGCAGCCAUGGCAGCAGUGAAAGUCACAUGCAUAUAAAUUAGCUUUUCUUUCACAUGUCAAGGUUUGUGUUUACUGGCAAUCCACCAUAGAUGACCGUAUUCAGUUAAUAACCAAUGUGGGAAACUCUUUGCAGCAGUGAUGAUUGAAGUUUUCUUAGCAAAUACCAAGUUCAUUUAACAGUUUAAUAAAGCU